GAUUAUCAAACUGACUUUUCGCAAGGCUGGGAUGGGGCUGAUCUCGGACACAAAGGGUUUGAUGUUUGUGUGCUUUCUGCUGGACUAUUUCUUUUACUUAGAGAUGAAGGAGCAAGAGGGAUAGAAAGAGGUGCCACUUCAGCUGUGGAUGGCCAGAUGGAUUUAGGAAUAGAAAAGUGGCCAACCAGCUAGUGUAAAGCAGCAGGCUUGGAACACACAAGAACGGUAUGGAUGGGGACAGACAGGAAAACACUCACCAACGUGUGGGCAAAGAAAACCCUGCUAAAAACAAAGCUGCCAUGAACCCAAACAACAUGGGCAACUCACAUACUAGCACUAGUGCGAAUGCAAGAGCCAACCAACAUGACCAGGCGGCAACUCGAGGGCAACAACAAAAUCGACUGCUUCAGAACCAGCAACAGCAAAACCCCUCGCAACAGUUAUCUUCUCAACAACAGCAUGGAGAGAGAGGACAAGGAGAAAGAGGACAUGCUUCGAGCACAGGCGUAGGAGUGGGUGUUGUAGGAGAUAGAGUCUCUCCUAGCUCAUCUCCAGGUUCCUCUAGUCCUGGAGAGGCCAACACACCAGAAUGUCUGCCGCGUUCCUUUGCUUCUGCUCCACAGCUGACUCUCAUACCAGGUGGAAACAAUUAUGAUAGUGUUUCAUCCAUUCGAUCUCUACCAGGGUUACCUACCAAUCUGACCCCAUGCACUUCUGCUGCUGUCUUGACUCGGACUGACAGUAUGUGCUGUGGGGGAAGCAGCUGUCAAGGUACUAGUGCCAAUGCUGCAAAGUCAGCCAACUGCGGUGCUGUAGACAGCAGCAGCAUAGAGGAACAGAUGGAAGUGUCUGAGUCCCUGGAGCAGAUGAUUUCUAAAGGAGGCGAUGAUGGGGGGUGCGUUGGAGGAAUGGCUGCAUCACCUCCACAGAAUGCAAUCAAUACAGCGCCAUUCAACUGGCAGAGUCAGAAGACAUCAGUGAAGGAGCGCUUGGCUUUCCUUUACAACACCAAUACAAUGGCUGAUGUGCACUUCUUGAUUGGAAAAGAACCUCUAACCCAGCUUGUCCCUGCACACAAAUUUGUGUUGUCUGUAUCAUCAGUAGUGUUUGAUGCGCUUUUCAAUGGGGGGAUGGCAAGCACAGAGAGUGUAAUUGAGAUCCCAGAUGUGGAGCCAGCUGCUUUUCUGGCCCUUCUCAAGUUCCUUUACACUGACGAUGUUCAGAUAGGACCAGAGACAGUGAUGACUACAUUGUAUGCAGCAAAGAAGUAUGAUGUGCCAGCACUUGAGAGGGCUUGCGUGGAGUUUCUUAAGCGAAACCUCAGUAGUGACAAUGCCUUUAUGCUGCUGACACAGGCUCGCCUCUUUGAUGAACAGCAAUUAGCAGCACUUUGCCUGGAAACUAUUGACAAAAACACCACUGAGGCACUUGCUGCAGAUGGCUUUACUGAAAUUGACUGCAGCACUCUUUGUGCUGUUCUUGAACGUGACACUCUUGGUAUUCGUGAAUGCAAGCUUUUUGCUGCAGUUUGCCGCUGGGCAGAGGCAGAAUGUCAGCGACGAGGGUUGCCCCCAACACCUGAGAACCAGAAGCUGGUUUUGAAUGGUGCACUGCGACUCAUUCGUUUUCCAUUAAUGACAGUAGAAGAGUUUGCUAUGGGUCCUGCACAGAGCAGGCUCCUGGAGGACCGGGAAGCACUGGAUUUGUUCCUUUACUUUACAGUAAACCCCAAACCACCCAUUAACUUUCUAGAUGUUCCACGUUGCUGCAUGACUGGCAAGGAACAAGUUGUCUCCCGCUUCUGCCAGAUAGAAAGCCGUUGGGGCUACAGUGGCACCAGUGACCGCAUCAGGUUCAUGGUCAAUCGAAGAAUUUUCGUUGUUGGGUUUGGAUUAUAUGGUAGCAUACAUGGACCCACAGAUUAUACUGUCAACAUACAGAUUCUCCAUAUGGAUUCGGGCAAAGUGAUGGGCGGUAAUGACACAAGCUUCCAGUGUGAUGGAUCAACCUCUACUUUUCGUGUAAUGUUUAAAGAACCUGUGGAGAUCCUUCCCAACACCAAUUACAUCGCUUGUGCAACCCUUAAAGGUCCAGACUCAUAUUAUGGCAGUAAAGGACUACGUAAGGUCACACAUGAGUCUGUUACUAGUGGCAAAGUUACUUUUCAAUUCACUUACGCUGCUGGCAACAACAAUGGCACAUCAGUUGAGGAUGAAAUACCAGAAAUAAUAUUCUACACCUGAGAUCCUUUAAAUGCUAGAAGUAAUUUACACUUGAAAAUGCCAAUGGAUUUGAUGCUGCAUGAAAUAAAGCCACUACAUCAUGAAUAUUUUUUGUAUUGAAAAAUCCAUGACUCUACCUUUGAUUACAAAAUUUCUUCAUGAGAAUACAAAACAAAUCAUUGAUUUUUGGAUCAGUGAUCAGUGCAAGAAAUAGUGAAAUAGUGACUUAGAUGUUGAAGUCAUAGUUUUGUCACCAAUAAAAUGGUGCUGGUUUUUCUUUUAUAAUAUAUAUAUAUUGUCAAGGAACAAAUACACAGUUAACUUAAUGUCUGCAUGAAUUUCAAGUGCUCUCAGUCUUUGAAAUAAGACAGACAUUGUAUGCCUUUGAUCUUUAUUCAAUAAAGUUUUGAAAGAAAAUAGAGAUUGAUAUAGGAAGAAUGUGAAACUCUUAAUGAAUUUAUGAAUCUCAUAACCGACAUAUUUUAUGCAGACUGAUGCCAGACUAGAACAUUUCUUAUUAUUUUAAUUAUAGGCAUUAAUUAUUAAUUAUAGUGCUUAUACUGCAUCCGUCCAGUCUACUGAUGACCCAUGUAGGUCAAAAGACUGAACUGACCUUGGUCUUAUAGAUUUGGUUUGUUUUUUUUUUUUUAAGGGGGGGGGGGGGCUCAAACUUUUGCUUUGGGAGGUGAGGUUGGGAAGGUUAGAAAACUGAUGAUAAUGUAUGCAACUUGUUUUAUAUAGAUCACUUACUCAAGGAAUUAAGUCACAAUUAUUUGGCAAUAGUGUGUAAUGGUACAAUGUAUUAUCUUACCUGGAUACUGCUCAAGCAAGGUCCAUUGACAAAAACAUUGUUUAUGGUGAAAUUUGACAAUCAUCCAUCUUUUUAAAAUCAUAUGAUGCUCAUUGUUCAUGGCCUUUACAACAUGUUUUUUAGGAAACCCCUGAAUGUGGCAAGUUGCUUUGAAUGCUUCACAUGAUGACAGCAGGAAACCUCAUAGCUCAUUCUUAUUUUCAUUGCCUCUCCUGCUAUUUGUCUUUCCAAUCAAUGUAGCAAAGAUGUUGAGACUUCACAGACCUGUCUGUGGUCCUCAAGUUCCAUAACUGAAAUUCAUUCAUGUUCUUAAUAGUGAGGUUUUUCCAGCACCAUUUUAUUUUUUCCCCCUUUUUGAAUAGUCACUCAUUUGUCAUUUUUAUUGUCAAGAUCUCAUAGUAAACAUAAAACAGUUAAUUUUUUAUUUUUACAUUUGUUAUAAAUUCAUGCAAAAUUCUUUGUUUGGAAAUACUAUAAAUGCCAUAUUUUUUAGUUGAUAAGCAAUCAGAGUCUCUUUUCAGUCGCAUCUGUCGUAGAUGCUUGCUGUUGUUCACUACAGGAAGGAUGGCCUUUGGAUUUUGGUAGUACAGUGAUGAUCUACUAUAUCCCUUUGGGCACAGUAGGCCACACGACUUUGCCCUGGAAGCACGGAGAAGACGAUUUUCAUUACUUUUAUUGCAGUGUUCAAACUUUCUCUAAAAAUUUGUAGGUUUCUUGGUCUUAUGUUUGUUUACCUGGAGAGCAGCAAUAAUAAAAAACAAACUUCACCCACUGUUGUCUUCACAGUCUUCAGUUAUUAGCCCAUCCUUGUUAUACAUUAUACUUUUAUGCAGUGCUCAGAGGGUUAAAAAUCACAGAAUUGUCCGAUCAUAAAACAGCAUAUCCAAAUGAUACCCACACAUCUGGCUUUUUUUUUUUUUUUAAAAAAAAAAUCCUGUACGAAAAUUACAAACAGUAUUUCACUUCAUAAAAGACUUUUUUUCAUUUGAUGAAAUGUUUAAUGUGGUUAAUCUAGCAACAUUUUAUCUGUUGUUCAGGUUUUUAACAAGUUUAUAUGUGGGGGGCAGUUUAAAAGAUUUUACAUAAGCCUGUGACAAUGUCUUUGUAAGUCUUCAUUCAGUGCUGACUUAUAAACUGAUUUGUCUCCUAACAGUUUCAUUACAGAAUAUGAGAAUUCCUCUCUGCCCUCCCUCAGUCCUUCCUUGUUUUUAAAUAAUUUUCUCUCCCAAUAAAUUCAGUUUCCUUGCAAGUUUGUCUUUGGAAAAGCAGGAAAGAAAGUCUUUUCUUGUAUAGUACUACCAUAUGGAAUUCUCUCUUUCUUGCAUAGCAUCAUCGAAUUGACCGAAGUGGUGUGGUUUACUUAAUUAUUUUGCAAGGUAUCCUGUCCUGAAAUAAGUUUACAGAUAUAUCCUCAAAAAAUGUUUUCAAGUUGUUUUUUUUUUAAGAUUUUAUUUAGGUUUAGCAAAAGAAAAGAAUGUGUGUAUAGAUGUAUGGCACAUAUGUGUGAUUUGAAUACUCAGUCAUCUAGUAUGAGUGGUUUUCUUGGUUGUUUGUGUGUGUGUGUGUCAGAUCUGCUUUCAUAGUUCGAUCAAUUAUAAAAACCUGUGAUUUUGUGUGCCAUUAACAUUUUGCAACUCAUACCUGUAGUAUUUUGGUUUUUUCCCAAUGUAUAAACUCAUAAAGCAUUGUUAUUCAAGGAUUUGUAUUAAAUAAAGACAAAAACUAGUCAUCUUUAAGGCAUUUUUUUCUGACAUUGCCUUUUACGAAGGUACUUCUGAAAAUGAGUAUCAGCUGUUUGUAAUUAUAAUAUGCUCUAAUUUAUAGAUUUUGUUGGGUUUUUUUUGUUUUGUUUUGCCAUGUAACAUGGUUGUGAAAACAUCUUAUGCAUAUAUAAAUUAUUGAGUGUGAUAGAUCUUACCAUUGUUUCUCACUUUCAUGCACAUGGUUUGAGAGUCAUGGUGUGUUAUUAUAUCGUUUGCUAUUUUCUUCGCUGCUGGUUUGGAUAGUCUAUCACUGCUCAGCUUAAGGUAACAUUGCUUCUGCUGCAGCAAUUUUUGUGUCGUCAAUUUAAAUACACGUAUUUAUUUUACGGUACCUUAUUGUGUGUGGAUUAACUUAGUGGGUGAGAGAUCUUCCGUAUUAAUCCACGGUUUUCAAAAAGUAGUUAAGCGGUACACUUAAAGACAUUUUUUUGAUAGAAAACGCACGUAUUGUUGCUUUUAUUAUGAUUGUGCUUAUGAGGGAGAUGAGUCAAGAGGGGUUUUAUGUCUAUUAAUCAAGGGAAGAAUAGAGAGUCCAAAAGUUUCAGUAUAAUUUAAAUAGCUGUGUUGGAUAGGCUCAUAAACAAGUUGCAAAAGUUAUGCUUAAAUUGCUUGUGUGAAGUCCCAUGACUGUGGAUAAGUAGGUAGAUAGGCUGGUGCUGCUGACCACUUCUGAAUGGUUACCAUUUUUUUAAUAGCAGUUCUUGUGAAGAACAUACUUCAUCUGUUGCAUUUAAAAAGUGUGAAAAGCUACAGAGAUAACAUGCAAUUUAAAUUGUGGAUAGCCAAAUAAAGGAUCAGGUUUUUU